AUGCUUCCUCAAUUCCUUACUAUUCUUCUUUGGUCGGCGUUUGCCCUGGCUUUUCUCACCAAACCAGUUGCACCCAGCGAUGAUUCCUUCUACGAGGUUCCACAAAAUAUCUCUGACUACGAAAAUGGAGACAUCAUCAAUGUGAGAAACACACCCGUUCAGGUAAGAUCAUUCAUCUUCCCUAUGGAAGUGAAGAACUCAUGGCAGGUUCUUGUUCGUUCUGAAGACUCGUUUGGAAACCCAAAUGCAAUCGUGGCAACAAUUUUGGAGCCCUAUAAUGCCAUCCCUUCGAAAGUAUGGUCCUACCAAAUUUGGGAGGAUGCCAACGACCUUGAUUGCGCUCCUUCGUAUGCCCUCUUAUUCAAAGCUUCUUAUGAUACAAUAAGCUCUCAAACAGAGAUCCCCAUCAUCCAGUAUGGCCUUUCAAAGGGAUGGUACGUGGUUGUGCCUGACUAUGAAGGGCCCAAGUCGGCUUUCACCAUGGGACGUCAGUCUGGACACGCUGUGUUGGAUGGUAUUAGAGCGGCAUUGAGCUCAGGAUAUUUCACUGGGAUCAAUAGAGAUGCCAAUGUUGGUUUGUACGGAUACUCCGGUGGAGCUCUAGCCACGGGUUGGGCUGCUCAGAUCCAGCCUCUGUAUGCACCAGAAAUCAAAGAUAAUAUCAUAGGAGCUGCCAUCGGGGGCUGGGUCACAAACGUCACCAACACCGCCAUUGUCUGCGACGGCACCUUGUUUUCUGGACUAAUAGCGAGCGGAUUGAAUGGAAUUUACUCCGAAAACUCACAAUAUAAGGAAGUUUUGGACAGAAAUUUGGACGCCAGCAAGAAAGCAGAUUUUUACAAGGCUAAGUCGCUCUGUGUUGUAAACUCGGUUAUCAGCUACCUUUUCCAAAACUUCUUCCUGGGCAUUACUCCGUACUUCAUCACGGGCAAGGACUACUUCAAUAUCCCAAUUAACCAGGAAAUCUUUGGCAACAACACUGCUGCUUUAAGAAAAGAAGACGGCGUACCUGAGAUCCCAUUGUUUGUGUUUCAUGGCCAGGACGACGAAAUUGCACCUGUGGAGCAGCCUACUAGAGCGUUUGAAAACUUUUGCAGCUGGGGUGCUCCCUCGAUCGAAAUGUCUGUUGCGGCUUCGACAGGUCACAUCCUUGAGAUCCUUCUUGGUACUGGCGCUGGACUUGCUUGGUUGGAGAAACGCUUCGAUGGCAAUUUGCCAAUCGAGGGGUGCCUGAAAACCGUAAGAACGACCAAUCUUGAGUACCCUGGAGCAGAUGCACCAUAUCUCCAGAUUUUGGAAGACUACAUCGAGGGGCUCUUUGGAGCCAAGGUCGGCUUGGAUACCAGUGAUAUCAGCAACACGUCCUGGCUAGUCAAAGUUCUUGCGUACGCUAUCAGCAAGUUUGUGGGUCUCAUUGGCCCGAUUCCGUUCAAGAGAGACGGAGCAGCAAUGUUGUUGCAGGAGAAGGCAGGCAACAAAACCGUGGAUGAGAUGUACAAGGGUCUUCUGGAUGUAAGGAAAUUGAUGGAGGCCCAGGGAAUGGAUCCGUUGAGUGUGCUCAUGGGCACUCCCAUCACACUUUAG